ACUUAUUAUAGAAACCAGCAAAAGAACUGGCACUUAAAACGUAGUUCGAGGCUAAAAUUACAAGAUCACGAGAAAUCGUGAGGACAGGUAAUCGCCUCAAUAUGAUUCCUUAUCAACAUGUUCUUUAAACUGAUUAUUUCGUAGCUUAAAAUCCAUACAGAUGUUCCUAAAUAGUAGUAAAGGCCAGGAAGUCCCUAUUCCUAGGACAACAACAUUCCUAGAAUCCUCAAUCCUCUCCCUUCCGACCUGCUGCUACAACAUGCCGACCUUACACCCUCUACACGCCAAUAAGAACUCAUGGAGCUUGGGUGCCAACGAUAGUCACUAGUACCAUUAUACAGAGUUACUCCCUCCAUUCAUAAAUAUAAGAUAUUUUACUAUCUUUUCUGAAUUAGAUGUAUAUAGACACGUUUUAGUUUUUCCCGCAAAAAAGAAGAAGACACGUUUUAGUUUGUUUGUUCACUUAUUUCAGUCCGUAUGUUGUUUAUAUUGAAAUAUUCAAACAUCUUAUAUUUAUGAACCGAGGGGUUACAUUUUAAGAAGGAUACUUACAAAAAUGAUAGGCAAAUGAAAAAUUAUGCAACAGAAAGAGUUGCCCCGAAUCAAAAUCCAGUAAGAUCUGCAGAUAUCAUCCUCGACCCGUGCGGCCUGGCGAGCGGCGACCCCGCAUGUCAGCCCCCCUUGAACCCAACCGCGCCGCACGCCUCCCUACACGGGCGCUACACACUUUGAAAUUUCAAAAUGGCACCGCUACUGCUACCAUCCUCCCCCAAAACUUCUCAAUUCCCCAACAAAAUCCCUCAAUUCCCCAACAAAAUCCAACUCCGCCACUGCCUCCUCCUCUCCCACCGCCACGGCCUGCCCCCUUGCCGGCGACAUGGGCCCGGCCCCCGCCACCGCCUCCCGCGCCGCGGCCUUCCCCACCUCCGCCGACGUCGCCCUCGCCGGCGCGCUGCUCUGCCUCGCCGACUCCCCGCCCGCGCCGCUCCUCCCCACCCUCAGGUAACCGCAAAUCCGCCGUACCGCUAACUGGUUUUCUGCCCGCACCCGCUUCCGCGUUCCGCGACGGGCGCUCACCGCCGCGUGCGCGUCUCCGCAAUUGCAGCGACGAGCUCCCCUCCUACUCGGGCUCCUCCUCCUCCUACUCCGUCACCUCGGCGAGGUCGUGCGUGUCCGACGCGGCGCGCCGCAGCCGCCCCAUCGACCCCCUCCGCGUGCUCGCCGUCAUCGCCUCCCUCCGCCGCGUCGACCCCAAGGUGCUGGUGCAGGCGACCAGCAAGCUGUUCCAGGGCGAGCCGGCGAAGAGGCGGAAGGGAGUGUGGAUCGAGGUCAUCAACGGCGAGGAGGAGGAGGGCGGGGAGGAGAGCGAGAGGGGCAGCGUGGUGGCCAGCGAGGGGAGCACCAUCACGGGACCCGCGUCCUCCCGGUCCACGGCCACGUCGGGGAGGUGCCGCCGACCUCCGCUGGCGAGCGGUGGUGGUGACGCUCUGCUGCGGAGAGCGGACUCGAUCAUGAAGUGGCUCUCACGGCCGAAGGCGGGGCCGGCCACAGAGACGGCCAUCCGCGCCGCCGUCGGCGACAACGCUGUGACCAGCAAGGCUCUGCGCUGGUUGCUGAAGCAGAAAAGGGGGUUGCGUCGUGCAGGCACUGGUGGCCGCCCGGAUCCGUAUGUGUACAUGAUUGCAGGCUGAAGUGGUGAAGUUAAGUAAGCUGUGUUAUAGCGAAGGAGUUGGCACCUAUAUAUAUCUGCUGGAAAGGUCAAGUUAGCUUUUGAAGAGUAUUUAGUAAUUUCUAGCACCUGCUGUUUAAUCGGUCCAGUUUUGCCUAGCCUUCCCGCAAAUAACAAAUAUAGGAUAGGAAUAGAUAUUUACGUGUUCGCAAUAGCUUGCAAAGCACUGGUGAAAAGCUCUUGGAUAGAAAGAUAAAUGGAUAGUCGUAUAGAUGGCAGUUUCAUGAUUACGAAGUCAUUAUUCAUGUGUGUUUAGAAUCAGUAUAAUCCUUGCAAGAAGUACGAGAAAUAAUCGGUACUGUUGGAAUCAGUAUAAUAAAAUAUGAUGGGUUCAGUUU